CUCUGCAAAAAUUCGAGGUUUGGACCACUUUAACAGGAGUUUGCCAUAGGAUCCCCCAGACCACGACUCGUGGGUGUGUUGCACGUCUAGAUAGCCCAUGUCGUUCCAAUCGACGUUCGCUUGACGAUUUCCUUUAUCUUCUCCUCCCAAGCUUUCAGUCUGAAAACAUCUUUCGACGCAUCCACGCUGAUUCCGUUUUUCUGCAGUCGAUCCCAGAUCAAAUUCAAAAUGUGUACAACAUUGCACUAAGCUCCUCAAGCCCACGAAUCCGCUUGCUACGGGCGCCAGAACUCCAAGACGAUGGGGUGGACGCCAUUACCGCCGUUGAGCGUCCUUCUGUCCUGGCCGGCCAAGUCAGACAACCCUCCAACGCGAGGUCCAGAGCAAUACAUCGUCACUGGCAUAUUUGGCUCCAUAGCCGUUGCAGCUGUCUCAGCUCGUUUCUACACUCGUAUUUUUGUGCGUCGCUACUUCGGUAUCGAUGAUUAUUUGAUGGUGCUUGCCGUCUUAUGCGCCAUUGCCGUUGAAGUUUGCAUCACCAUAGGCAAGGCAAAAUACCAAUGGGAUAGACAUCUCUGGGAUUGGAAUAUGGAUUUCUCAAGAGGUUCUCUGAUUGUGCUCUAUCUGGCACGCAUUUUCUGGGGAGUGUGCACUUGUUGCGUGCGUCUGUCGAUAUUGUGUCUCUACUACAGGCUCCUGCGGCGCCUGGGUGCUCGGAAGCAUCAUUUCUGGAUUCUGCACUUCGUUACCGCCAUCACGGUCUUAUUUUUGAUCGACAUGAUUGUCGGAGGUGCGAUUCCCUGCCUACCCGUACGUGCGUAUUGGGACUACUCAGAAAUGAUUUUGAAAGGUGAAAAGUUCUACUGCAUCAAUGACUACCGGGGAAUGCAGUUUGCAGCCGUCUUCAACACCGUGUGUGAGAUAGUCAUUGCCGUUCUACCCGCCAUCGCCGUCUUCCGGUUCAAGGUCGACCCCAAACAAAGAUGGAGCGUCAUUGGUCUACUCUCACUCGGCUACCUGGUGGCGAUCGCAGGCACUCUUCGCUCAUAUUACCUCUGGAAAGCUGCUGAGACAUAUGAUCUAACAUGGUGGGCUUCGCCACAGUGGUGUUGCGCGGAAGUUGAGGUGGACCUUGCCAUUACUUGCGCAUGCGCUGCACCGCUACGUCCUCCAAUUACUCGAUUGAUCCGGCGGCUCAAAGGUAUUCCGGAGAUAGUGUCAUCCAUAGGGGGAAGACGAACGCCACAUGGAAAGGACGACCGCUCCAUCUUGUCGACUACGGCGCUGUCUGGACAGCAUGACAUGGACAAGUUUGAGGGCGUUGCAGUAAUAGCAGAGGAAGACCGCAACGCCUGGGUUCGGCAAAUGUCGCGUACAAUUGACUUAGAGGGUAUCGCUGUCGACGGGUUCGGUUACACCGUGACGAUCCAAGGUCCAGAGCAGCCUCCUAGACGGAAAUUAUCGCGAUACGUCAAAAAUACAGUUGGAGCUCUUGGCUCGACCACGCCUUCGAGAAGGAAUACUGUCAAAGAUAAGGACCGCACGAACGUGGGAAGAGAGCAAAUUGAGCUAGGUCAACCUAGACAAUCGAACGUCGAAUGUUCUGCUCGGGAGUCGCACGAGGAGAUCUCACGAGUCAACAGCGAGGAACACGCUUCAAAAUGGAACCACACCCGGUCAUCUUCAAAGCAGGGUUCUUCACGCGCCUCGGACCUGAAUGGUCCGUCCUCUAAGAAUUGGACAUUCUUUGAUGCUGCGUCCUCAUACAAUCUGAAGUGAAAAAAAAACCAACAAUCCUCGACGUUCGCAAAUCGCGCACACCAAAGACCACAGCCGGCCCUGAUGCGCUUGAGGAUGGCAUCCGACCAGAUCUCGCUCAAGUGUACGCCUCAAGAGACACCGAAAAUAUAACAUAGGAAUCGCAAACGCAGUAGACACGGUAGUCGGAGGUCGUCCGGGGAAGGCACAAAAGUUGACCGCUGCUCAUGCCUUUGAAGGCAACAUCAGUAAGCGGCUACAACAGGACUGGGUACAUAGGUACGGAUAUUGGCUUUUCAGUCGAAAGCUCAAAUUAGAGAAUGGACAACGUAUGGACGAUCGUGAUGAACAUCGUAUUAGAAUCUCGUUCAAUGAUACCCA